GGACGGAGGGGGGGCGGUCUCCGUCCCGCCUCUACCUCUGCACCACUCUGUGCCGGAGAGAGCGUUCAGGCCUACCCAACAUCGCAUCGCGGCACGGAGUUGAGCCUCCAUCCAGCUGACACGAGUGUGAAGAGGACAUGAGCGAGUUGUUGAUUUGGAAGGUAUUUUUCCACGGCAACACUCUUAUUAAAAACCAGCAGCGUUAAGAUAUUCUGCGGCUGCGUUGCUGCGUUUUGAAACCGCGCCGGUUAUUUGAACGCGGCUCUCAAGGUCAGCUUUCUCAUUAGCGCGGCGGGGCUUUCCCAGCAUGCAUCUGGUGCGGGAGACGGCGAUAAAAGCGUAAGCGAUGGGAGACGACAGGUGCGCGCAACAGCCGGCCCGCGACGCCGUCCUUCCUUGAGAAUGGACGCCGGACGAGGGAGCGGUACCUGAGCGCUUGUGUGCCGUGAACCCGGCGCUCGCGUUUUCAGACGGUGGUCCCGCUUGGAAACAAGCCCACCGGCCAAAUCAAGGGCCUAAAGAGAGAGGUUCUCCUGAACCCCACGCUGGAUCUGAAGACCUCCUGGUGUCCUAAAGAGGAAGUACACAAACAAUGUUGAGGGUAGAGGCGUCCUGCAGAUCGGUCCCUCUCAGCCCGUGACCUCGGUGCCACAGCCCCGGACUCUUGACGGCCCCCUGGAUUCCCGCACUUUCCUACAAAGCAAGCAGCUUCUUCAGCCUCCAGCCUUCUCCUUCGCGGGCUGAAGCCAAGCGCGUCGAGCAGCGCGGUCAACACAUCCGCAACAUGCCGUGUUCGCCCUUCCGAAUCGGGAAGUCCAGGAAGCUGUGGAAGCAGGAUGGUGUAGCCCCUGGUGUCUCCAAUGCACUAGAGCCCACCGUGGUCCACAGCUCGCAGCCGCCGCACACCGCUCCCCCAUACGUGAAGACCACAGAGCUAUUUGCAAUGAUUGAGAAGAUGCAGAGCGACAGAAUGGAUGAGCAGAGGUGCACGUUCCCACCCCCCCUCAAAACAGAAGAGGACUACAUCCCCUACCCCAGUGUCCAUGAGGUGCUGGGCCGCAAGAGCCCGUUCCCCUUGAUCCUGCUACCUCAGUUCGGGGGGUACUGGAUAGAGGGCACCAAUCACGACGUGAGCAAUGUCCCCGAGCGCGAGCAGCUGCUGUCGCCCACGUCGCGCGCCAAGCUCGAGUGCAACCCAACGGCCAAGAUCUACAGGAAGCACUUCCUGGGCAAGGAGCACUUUAAUUACUACUCGGUGGACGGUGCCCUCGGCCACUUGAUCUUCUCAGUGAAGUACGACGUGAUUGGAGACCAGGAGCACCUUCGCCUCAUGCUCCGCACUAAGUUGAAAACAUACCACGAUGUGAUCCCAAUAUCCUGCCUAACCGAGUUCCCUAAUGUUGUCCAGAUGGCCAAGCUUGUCUGUGAAGAGGUGAAUGUGGACCGGUUCUACCCUGUGCUGUACCCAAAGGCCUCCAGGCUCAUCGUCUCUUUCGACGAGCAUGUCAUCAGCAACAACUUCAAGUUUGGCGUCAUCUACCAGAAGUUUGCACAGACCUCAGAAGAAGAGCUGUUCGGCAACAACGAGGAGAGCCCGGCCUUCGCGGAGUUCCUCGAGUUCCUCGGACAGAAGAUCGAGCUGCACGACUUCAAAGGCUUCCGGGGCGGGCUAGACGUGACCCACGGACAGACAGGCACCGAGUCUGUGUACCACAACUUCCGCAACAAAGAGAUCAUGUUCCACGUGUCCACCAAGCUGCCCUAUACAGAAGGAGACACCCAGCAGCUGCAGAGGAAGAGGCACAUCGGGAACGACAUCGUGGCCAUCGUGUUCCAGGAGGAGAGCACGCCCUUCGUGCCAGACAUGAUCGCCUCCAACUUCCUGCACGCCUACGUGGUGGUGCAGGUGGAGAAUGCCCGCUCGGACAACGUGAUCUACAAGGUGUCGGUGACUGCGAGAGACGACGUCCCGUUCUUUGGUCCACCGCUUCCUGACCCUGCUGUGUUCCGGAAGGGACCAGAGUUCCACGAGUUCCUUAUGACAAAGCUCAUCAACGCCGAGUACGCCUGUUACAAAGCAGAGAAGUUUGCCAAGCUGGAGCAGGAGCGCACCCGGACCGCCCUGCUGGAGACCCUGUACGAGGAGCUGCACAUCAACAGUCAGUCUAUGAUGGGGCUGGGGGCCGAUGAGGACAAGCUGGAAAAUGGAGCUGGAGGGGGAGGGGGCUUCUUCGAGUCCUUCAAGCGGGUGAUCCGCAGCAGAAGCCAGUCCAUGGACGCCAUGGGGCUCAGUAACAGGAAACCACAUGCGGUCUCCACUAGUCACAGCAGCAGCUUUGCCCACAACACGCCAGAGGCCCCCAAAACCCCCGGGAUAUCGCUGAUAAUCCCUGGAAAAAGUCCCACGAGGAAGAAGUCUGGCCCUUUUACCUCCCGGAGGAGCAGUGCCAUCGGGAUUGAGAACAUCCAGGAGGUGCAGGAGAGGAGCCACGAGUGCUCCCCCAGCACACAGAAGACCCCCGACAGUGGCCAUGUCUCACAGGACCCCAAAUCAGAAGACUCGUCCAAUCAGAGCUCACCAGAGGUGCCCACCACAAAGAACAGGGCUCCCUCUAUUCCUGAGGGUCACGACCUCUCACGCUCCUCAUCCAACGCCAGCAGCUUUGCCAGCGUAGUGGAGGAGAACGAGACGGAGGCUACAGAGGAGUACGACACGGGCAUGGAGAGCCUGUCUUCAGCAGGGACUCCCCACAAGCGUGACUCCUUGACCUACAGCACAUGGCUGGAGGACAGCAUGAGCAGUACCAGCAACCCCAGCCGGGGUAGCUCUCCAGCCACUGGCAGACCCCAGCAGCCUAAUGGUAGCAGAGGUCCUGACACAUCCAGAACAGAGAUUCGCAUUAAGCUAGAUCGACCACAGGAACCCAAGGCAUCAUCGCAUUGCAGUAAGAGCUCCCUUCUCCAUGAGACGAGGCAUGUUCAUAUUUUUGUGACCGCCACUGACCAGAAGCAGGAGAAGGAGGAGCAUGAGGAAGAGGAGCCCAACUGACCCUUGGCACUGUGAGGCCAACAUCAGGCUCAGGAUUGUGAACCUGUACCUAAAGACCCUUACCACAUGUUCUCGGGCCAUACGAACAUCACUUUCUUUUAACCUUUGCCCACCCGCUUGUAUGUUCAUACAUUGCAUGUUCAUUUAUCUCUGUGUGUGAUGCCCACACUUUCAAACGCAAAUGCUUGUACCAUAGAAACAAAUGCUAACUAUGCUUUUUUUCUUAGCUGGGAAAGUGACAAGGAGAUCCACUAGCAGGCACAGUUCUCAAUGUCUAGUAUGUUUCAUUAAUACAUUUUUCUCUUGCCUCGUGAUCCCAUUGAUGAUUAAGGAUCUUUUCUUCAAAAGUGACAAAGCGACACAUACAGUAGCCA